GCUCAGUCACUCCUCACUGCCUUCAUCCAGCAGAGCCGCUGAAACCAGCAAUGACCAGCCGGCGUCGAUAUUUUUGGUGACGCUGCACUGGGACAAAAAAAGGGAUCGGAAAUAUUCUCGUGGAGAUCAGAAACAGAUCACAUUUAUGUUUUAAAGAUGGGAUUAUAUGGAAGCAAACAGAGGGGAAUCGCUGGUUUGGUCGGUUUACAAAACUCAGUGUGAGAAGGCGUCAAACAGGCCAGCAGAGCUGGACAGGACAACAUGGCAAAAGUCUGCAGUGAGAAGUCCCUUUUAACCAGACAACGUUUGUCCAGCAACACACCUGAUGAAGAGCUGGCUGUCAUUGAAAAUGGAGACAGCAGGGCUCACUCUCUUGUCUCUUGUGAAGACAUCUCUGAGAGAGGACUGUCUUCAGAGUCCCACAGGGGCUCAUUUAGAGGUGCUGGGGCAAUGGCCAGGCUCUCUUACUUCUUCUUCAUGCUGUGGAACUGGACGUCUCACAGAGCGAACCCUGCAGCAGAAGAGAGACAUGACUCUUUCCUGGAGCGCUUCAGAGGCCCUGAGCUCAAAGACAUCUCCAGUCGAGAGAGCAAUGCCCAGUCUGUGGGCCAGAACGACACAAUCCGUAAGAGAAAUCUUGCCAGUAAGUGGCCGCUAGCUACUUACAACAUGAAUAACUGCAACAACACAGACGACAAAAAAGAGGACAAAAAAGAGGAGAUUAAAAAAGAUGAGAAAAAAGAGGAGGAGAAAAAAGACGGGGAGAAGAAAGACGAGAAGAAAGACGAGAAGAAGGACGAGAAGAAAGACGAGAAGAAGGAUGAGAAGAAAGACGAGAAGAAAGACGAGAAGAAGGACGAGAAGAAGGACGAGAAGAAAGAUGACAAGAAGAAAGAUGAUAAAAAAGAUGAUAAAAAGAAAGAGGCGCCACCGAAAGAAAUCUGGAUUAUGGAUCCAGCCGCAGACCAGUACUACAGAUGGCUGUCCAUCAUCGCAGCCCCGGUAUUUUAUAACCUGAUGAUGAUUGUGACAAGAGCCUGUUUUAAUGAACUCCAGGACACAUACACAACCCUCUGGAUAGUCUUGGACUAUGGCUCAGAUGCGCUCUACCUUGCAGACACAUUUGUCAGAUCAAGAACAGGUUAUCUGGAACAAGGUCUGCUGGUAAAAGAUGCCAAAAAACUGAGAAGUAAAUACAGAACAACAUCUCAGUUCAAAUACGAUAUGAUCUCAAUGAUACCCACUGAUCUGCUGUUUCUGAAAUUUGGAUUCAACAACCCGGAGUUCAGAUUCAACCGUCUUUGCAAAAUAUCGAGGCUUUUUGAGUUCUUCGAGCGGACUGAAACCAGAACCAGCUUCCCAAACGUACUUCGUAUCAGCAAUCUCGUACUUUACAUCCUUGUUAUUAUCCACUGGAAUGCGUGUAUGUUCUUUGCCAUUUCGAAAACCAUUGGUUUUGGAUCUGACACGUGGGUAUAUCCCAAUAUCAGCCACCCGGAGUAUGGUCGUUUGGCCAGAAAGUACAUCUACUCCUUGUAUUGGUCCACACUAACCCUCACUACCAUUGGAGAGACACCUCCACCAGUCAAGGAUGUUGAAUUCCUCUUUGUCAUUUCCGACUUCCUCACCGGUGUAUUGAUCUUUGCUAGUAUUGUCGGUAAUGUUGGUGCCAUGAUCUCCAACAUGAAUGCCUCUCGUGCUGAGUUCCAGGCGAAGAUCGACUCCAUAAAGCAGUACAUGCAGUUUCGAAAGGUCACCAAAGACCUGGAGGCCAGAGUCAUCAAAUGGUUUGACUACCUGUGGACUGAGAAGAAGACCUGUGAUGAGAAGGAAGUCUUGAAGAACCUCCCAGACAAGCUCAGGGCUGAGAUUGCCAUCAACGUCCAUUUGGAUACCCUGAAAAAAGUGCGUAUUUUCCAAGAUUGUGAAGCCGGGCUGCUGAUUGAAUUGGUGCUGAAGCUGCAGCCACAGGUGUUUAGUCCUGGAGAUUACAUUUGUAAGAAGGGAGAUAUUGGCAGGGAGAUGUACAUCAUCAAGGAAGGGAAGCUAGCCGUGGUGGCUGAUGAUGGAGUUACUCAGUUUGUAGUGCUUAGUGAUGGCGCAUACUUUGGAGAAAUCAGUAUCUUGGGUAUCAAGGGCAGUAAAGCUGGCAACAGGAGAACAGCCAACAUCAGAAGCGUAGGCUACUCUGAUCUCUUUGCCCUGUCCAAGGACGACUUGAUGGAAGCUCUCACUGAGUAUCCAGAUGCCAAAAAAGCUCUGGAGGAGAAGGGGAAAGCCAUUCUGAUGAAAGACAACCUGAUUGAUGAGGCAGUCGCCAACGCCGGUGCCGACCCCAAAGACAUAGAGGAGAAGAUUAUCAAACUACAGGGCAAUCUGGACGACAUGCAGACCAAGUUCGCGAGGCUGAUGGCGGAGUUAACGUCCAGCCAGACGAGGAUGAAGAAGAGGGUGACUGAGAUGGAGGCCAAAGUGAAAUCCGUACGACCAGAGGACCUGACAGAAGUGGUAGCCGACAAAGACAAAAAAGUGCAGUAAUCUGAGAGACGCCCGAGAACUUUACCAGAAACAAAGGGAUUUUUUUCAUUUAGAAUAGUAGUGACACUUUUCAAAGGCCCAUGUUUAUAUCUAUUUAUACAUCUGUUUCUUGUCAUCAUAACGUGUCAAAUUGUGUACAGUGUAUACAGAAAAUACCUUUAUCUUUUUUGUGUGUACGCUAUGAUCGACUACCUGAGUAUAUUGAUCAGAAGCACUCAUGUAUGCAAAGAAAACUGGCUUUUCAUAGCCUUAGAAUAUUGAGGAAUGAUUUUUUUUGAUCAGUAUUGACAGAAAAUAUGUUGAUCAACCUGUGAAGUAUGAACUACAAUACAUAAUAAUGCAGCUGCAAUAUCCAUUUGAUACUGUAUGUGAGUGUACAAACCCAAAUUCAGUUUUGUUUAUAAGUUAUCGGCAUACACUAUCAGUUGUAAAUUGCA